UUUCCCUGCGCAGCCGUGCGUGUGCUCGAGGCGUCCCCAGUUGCGCGGUGCGCGGGGCUCCGAGAGGGCCGAUAGCGGCGGUGUGCGAGCAGUUGUUAUCGUGCCUGUGUGCACGCUAUCCUAUCAUCGCGGCCGUGGCCUGCGUCGCCGAAGGGCAGCCGCAGGCGUGCCAACGCUGCUCGCGUGUCGGACCGCCACUGCUGCCAAGAGGAACCGGGUCCCCGAAAUCUAUAGAGCCAUGGCCGAGCCCCCGUCGUCGCGCAUCCCGGUGCUGCAGCGCGCCGACGGUUCCUGGACCACCGUGGAGCACAAGCUGCGCCAGCUCGACGACAUGGCCGAGCCGGGCGCCUACGUGCGCCUGCUGGCCGCCUGCUGCCGGGACAGCGUGCAGGCUGCGCGCGCCAUGCAGGCGCAGCUCGACGCAGCCAGGGCCGAGGUGAACGCGCUCCGGCUGCAGCUGCGCAAGAGCGCCGACCGGAUCGCGCAGAUGGAGGCGGAUCGGCAGAAUCUGUGCAGUGCGGCGCAGCGUGGCGAAGCCGAGGCGCGCAAGGCGGCUGACGCAGUACGUCACGUGACAGAGGAACAAUCGCGGCUGCGCGCCCAGCUGGAGCGACUGUCGGUCGAGCUGGCGGACUCUCUUCGUCAGAGGCACGAGCAACACGAAAGCCGUGUGCGCGAAUCGCUCGAUUCACUCGCCAAAAAGCAGGAGACCAUGUUGGAGGCUCGUCUGGAGGCAGCGCUAGGUGACCGUCUGGCAGACCUACAGAAGGCGCAAGAGGCUGCAGAUGGCCGCCAGAGGCUCCUGGACGAGGCCGAGCCGUGGUCACCGAUGCAGCACUUACAGGAGCUGCCCCUGCUGAGGAGCUCCAGGGACGCCCCCUUCCGCUGGGUGCUGUCAGGGUACCAAAGGCUGAAGGGCGAGAGCCAGCGCCACGGCCAGCCGCGGCUGUACAGUCGGCCGUUCGGCAUCGAGCGCGAGGGCAGCGUGCGCUGCGUGCUGCGGCUCGUCGCGUGCCUGGGCGUGCCUGCGGGCCAGGAGCCCGGCGACGCGGUGCAGCUCGGUCUCGAGCUCCUCCACUCGGCCAAGUGCGCCAAGAAGUUCGACUUCUGCCUGCGCCUGCUCGACCGGUCAGGCAGCGACCGCCACCUCGUGAAGACCUUCUCCUCUUCGGAGCUGGCCGUGCCGCGCUACUGGUUCUCGCGGCCGGCCCUGGGCGUGGUCAGCUUCGCAGUGCUCAUCUCUGAGGAGCGCAUGCUUCGCGAGGGACUCCUCUCCAGGGACGCGCUCGCCAUCGAAGUCGGCCUGCAGUGACAGUGCCUCGUGCACUCUGCAGAGGCAAAUCGGGGCCCGCUGUGCCUUCAAGUACCGAACAAGAAAACGUUGAUUGGUGGACAAGAUGUGGUGUUCAGUUGUAGGCGCAGUAAAUGUGGUGCCGGUUUUUUUGUUCCAAA